AUGAGUGCAGUUAGUGUCAUAGGAGUCAAGUUCAUAAGUAAAGAAGAACUUGCACGACCCAAAAAAAUUAUUUACUGUAUGUUACGGUUGCGACCGAGUCGAGUUCAGCUGCUGCUCAGGCAUUACUCUGCUAAGCUGGAAAAUCCAGCUGAACCCAAGUUUAGCCAGUCAGCUGCAUUUCAGGGGCGGAGGCGAGGUGCUGGAGUACCACCAACACCUUUCAAGCUGGAUUACUAUGACAGCGAUGAAUUUUCGAAGAAGAAAUUACUUUCGAUUGCCGGAAGCCUUGCUGCAUUUAUUCUAUACUUUGGAUACCUAAGGAAACCAUCGGAUCUCGAUGAGAUUUGGAAUACUCCCCCACAUAUACUCACAGCUAAUUUGGAGAGGAAGAUGCUUCGGGAUCAGAUCAGAGAGGCUGAGGCUAAAGGCCAAGAUACAGCGCUGUUGAAAGCACAACUGGAUUAUGUUGAUGUCAAAGAAGAGGCCCUACGAAUACAGUUUGGAAAUAAGGAGAAGAAGAAAAAAGCAUCGUAA